GAAGGGAAGGAAGGCUGACGUGUCCCGCCGGGGCUGCCGGGCUGCGCAUGCGACCCUGUCCCCACGGCAGCGGCCAUGGAGGAGGAGGAGGCAGGAGGAGGAGGAGGAGGAGGAGGAGGAGGAGAGGGCCUGUCCGUGCUGUUCCUGCACCCGGACCUGGGCCUGGGCGGCGCGGAGCGGCUGGUGGUGGACGCGGCGCUGGCGCUGCGGGCGCGGGGCUGCCGGGUGCAGAUUUGGACGGCGCACUACGACCCCGGGCGCUGCUUCGCGGAGACGCGCGGGCUGGCGGUGCGGCGGGCGGGCGGCUGGAUCCCGCGCAGCCUGUGCGGCCGCGGGCACGCUCUCUGCGCCGCCCUGCGCAUGGCCUUCGUGGCGCUCUACGUGCUGCUGCUCAGCGGAGAGACCUUCGACGCCUUCGUGUGCGACCAGGUGUCUGCCUGCAUUCCUGUACUUAGACUGGCCAGAACCCGAAAGAAGGUUUUGUUCUACUGUCACUUUCCYGAUCAACUUCUGACCAAGAGAGAAUCUUUCCUAAAGCGCCUCUACAGAUUGCCGCUCGACUGGCUGGAAGAGUACACGACUGGCAUGGCAGACUGUAUUGUUGUGAACAGCAAGUUUACUGCCAGCGUGUUCAAAGACACAUUUAAGUCCCUAUCUCACAUAAACCCAGAUGUCCUCUACCCAUCACUCAACAUCAGUAGCUUUGAAGAAAUUGUUCCUGCAGAUAUAGCUGACCUGAUACCGAAAAAGAAAAAGUUCUUGUUUCUUUCCAUUAAUAGGUAUGAGAGAAAAAAGAAUCUGGCAUUGGCUCUGGAAGCUUUGCACAAACUUCGAGGGAGACUUGAUUCUCAUGAAUGGGAUGAAGUUCACCUGGUUAUGGCAGGUGGUUACGAUAAGCGAGUUCUGGAAAAUGUGGAGCACUAUGAAGAGCUGAGGAGACUGGCAGCUAAGCUUGGUGUUAACGACCAUGUGACUUUUCUGAGAUCAUUCUCAGAUGAACAGAAAAUYUCUCUUUUUAGUAACUCUGUAUGUGUGCUUUACACACCAAGCAAUGAACAUUUUGGCAUUGUCCCUUUGGAGGCAAUGUAUAUGAGAUGUCCAGUUAUAGCAGUUAAUUCAGGUGGUCCUUUAGAAUCAAUCUCACAUAAUGUUACAGGAUUUUUGUGUGAUCCURUGCCAACCCAAUUUGCUGAGGCCAUGGAAAAAAUUGUGAGAGAUCCUCUCUUAAAGGACACAAUGGGAGCAGCUGGGAGAGUGAGAGUUAUGGAAAARUUUUCUUCAGAAGCUUUCUCAGAACAGCUGUACCAAUACAUACGCAGAUUAACAGAAUAAAAUUAUAUUCUUAUAUUUUACAAUAUUGUAUCUCAUUUGURUAGGGGACCAGUAUUCAUUGUGACUGAUGAAGAACCAGGAAUAUCUGAAUGUCCAUGUUUUGUUUCUCGUGCUGUCUUACGUCAUGUGCCACAAAGAGCAAAACAAGUCCUUCUGUGUCAUUAGAGGGUUAAAAUGUGCGUGUGGUAGACUGAUCUGCCAUUGCAGAGGCUUUUUGUGCACUGUGCCUUGGGAAAAUGUAUGGUUAGAUGGCAGUAAAUUACUAGGAAAAUUACUACAUAUUUUACUUUAAUACUAUAUAGUAUGGCUGAUUAAAUUURCAAAGUGUGGAUUUGUCCAGAUAAGACAUGCACAGCCUUAUUUUUAUUUAUUUAUGGUCAUCAGUAAUAUGUAAGUGAAAGCUAUCUCAGCUGAAGUAUGGAGAGAAUCGUACAGUCCAACCAACUGCAUGUUUCAAAAAYACAGCAGUGUUAGGGAUAGGAAUGGUAUGGUUUUAAAAUGACUGACCUUUUAGUGGGUUUGUUCAUUUGUAUUGUGUAGUCACACUGGGUGGCAAAAAAGCAUACAGGUGUGUGAGCAGGARGAAGUGAGACUAGAAUAACAGCAAGGAUAUCGGACCACCUCAGGCAAAAAUGUUAGUGCUACAAUCUGUUUGUUGGUUACCUGCAGUGCUUAAAGGCGUAAUUUUACUUCGGCAAUUUCUGGUGUGUAGAUGCUUAAAUGGUGUCCCCUAUAUUUAAGAUUUCAUUCUAAAUGAUGGCACACUUUUUAAUGAAGUCUUAAUCUGGACCAGGCAAUAAAGACCUUUUAACUAAUUUAGUGGUAACUUUAUGUUCUCCUAGUGUAGUGAGUGCACAGUACUAUGGGGGUUUUCUCCAACCUGCUCUGUGGCAAGGAAUGUAUUUUUAUUCAUCUACCUCUCUAAGUGCAUCUUUAUUAGUUAUUCUAUUUGGUUACAACACACGUAAUCCAUACAGUUGAAUUUUAAGUGUGAAAAUAGAUGGAAUAGCUACAAUUUCUUCAUUCUUUGAAAUCCAGUGUUAUCUAUAAAAUACAAUUUGUAUUCUGAAUUUUGCAGUUUCUAUUUAAGGUAGUUUCAGGCAUUUCCACAUGUAGUACUUCACAACAGAGAGACCAUUCUUUCUGUUGCUUAGGAUYGAAACCCAGCUCUCAGUAUACUUCUAAGGUUUUUAUUUG